UCCUUACCAAUGCGACACUAUUUAACAGGAGAAGUUAUCACAUAGUAUAUCGUGGUUUGUUUCUUCGCUAUUUUAGCCGACUUUCAGUGGCUGUUAAGCAAGAUGAUGGAAGAAGAGGACUCGUAUGGCUUCGAACAAACUCUGAUGUAUGGUCGUUUUACAACCACACAACUUCAGAAGUAUGCUAAAGAGCAAGGAGCACGGCUACGAAGAGAACAGCAGCAAAGGAGAGAAGAACACUUAGAAGGAGAGGAUGACUUCAGAAGUUAUGACAGUUCAUGGUUGGGACCAGUGAAAAGGUUUGUUGAGAGAUUGAGACCUUGCUGGAGUCGUUUGGGAAGUGAUUGGGUGUUUCUUCUGUUCCUCGGAAUAGUCAUGGCACUUAUAAGUUUUGUGCUCGACUUGGCCAUUGAUAAGUGCCAAACAGCUCAUAUUUGGCUUUUUAAUUUACCAAGCAACACCUUCCUUCAGUACAUUGUGUGGACAUCAUUUCCAUUAUGCCUUGUUACCUUUUCUGUUGGAUUCACUCAUCUAGUUUCUCCACAUGCUAUAGGUUCAGGUAUUCCUGAGAUGAAGGUUAUCUUAAGGGGCACAGUUAUGAAGCGCUACUUGUCACUAAGAACAUUGAUUGCAAAAGUGGUUGGUCUUCUUACAGCUCUUGGAAGUAGUAUUCCAAUUGGAAAAGAAGGUCCUUUUGUUCACAUAGCCAGUAUGGUGGCACGAUCUAUGGGAAAAUUUGUGGCAUCAUUCAAAGGCAUAUACACGAAUGAGUCCAGAAAUACAGAGAUGUUAGCAGCAGCAUGUGCUGUUGGUGUUUCAAGCUGUUUUGGUUCUCCUAUUGGAGGGGUACUAUUCAGUAUUGAAGUUACUGCCACUUACUUUGCUGUUCGAAAUUACUGGCGUGGCUUUUUUGCUGCUGUCUGUGGAGCCCUUAUGUUUCGUCUACUAGCUGUGUUUGAUCAAGAAGAAGAAACUGUCACGGCUCUCUUUAAGACUAAUUUUAGACUGGACUUUCCAUUUGAUGUGGAAGAGUUCAUUGCAUUUGCAUCAAUAGGGUUGUUUUGUGGCUUUGGGGGAGCCUUGUUUGUCUUUACACACAGAAAACUUGUUGACAUUCAGAGAACUCACAAACAUACUAAGGUGGCAAAGUUUCUUGCUAGAAACCGGUUUGUAUAUCCAGCUGUUGUUGUCUUUAUCAUUGCAACAAUCACUUUUCCCAAAGGACUUGGACAGUUCAUGGCUGGAGAGUUGACUCAAAAGCAAGCAAUAGAUGAACUGUUUAUAAACAUCACGUGGUCUGAAGCCCUAGAUUCUGAUGAUCAAGCUAGUUUGAAUGUCUUAAAGCACUGGGAUGGAGCCAACACCAAUAUCUAUGUCACCUUAGUUAUAUUUAUUGUCCUGAAGUUCAUUAUGACAGCUGUAUCAGUUACAUUACCCUUUCCUGCCGGAGUCUUCUUUCCUGUAUUUUUAAUAGGUGCAGCAUUUGGCCGGCUUGUGGGAGAAGCCAUGGCGACAUGGUUUCCUGAUGGUGUGAACUCUGGUGAUACAGUUUCACCUGUUGUUCCAGGGGGAUAUGCUGUUGUUGGAGCAGCAGCUAUGUCUGCAGCUGUAACUCACACAAUUUCUACAUCUGUGAUUGUGUUUGAGCUCACAGGACAAAUCACUCACAUCCUUCCUGUUAUGAUUGCUGUUUUAAUCGCUAAUGCCGUUGCACAGUGGUUGCAGCCAUCAUUUUAUGACAGCAUUAUUCAAAUCAAGAGGUUGCCAUACCUGCCUGACUUAACAAAAACUCAGGUGUACAACCUACUUGUAGCUGACAUAAUGAAGACCAAUCUUUUUUACAUCUCCUUUCAUUCAAAAUAUGCUGACCUCAAAGAAUUACUGGAUAAGUCACAUCAUCGAUCAUAUCCAUUAGUGGAUUCUGAAGAUUCAAUGAUCCUUCUCGGAUCCAUUCAGCGACCACAGCUGCAAUCUCUUUUAAAUCAGCACAUGCAAAAACUCUACCAGUCCAGCAGUAAUGCUGAGAGUGAAGAUGCAUUAUGUGCCAGGCCAGAAACAUCAGAUCCUCCACAGUUACAAUCUGGUGAUCAGAGCAGCAAUACCCAACCAGCACCAGUUCAACUGGAAGUAGAGGCUGAAAUAACAUUAAAGAGACAAGAUAGUCCACUUCAAAAAUCCUCAACUGGAAAGUCUUUGCUGGAGAAAAUUCCAGUUCCUACAAGACUUCACAAACUGUUUGGUAGUGGGUCAGCUCUUAAUGAAGCUGAGAAAACCUCAGAUUCACCGGAAAAAGAUGGUCCAACUAUGGAUCAGCAACUUCAAUGGGAAAAAGAACUCUUGCAGAGACCUAUCGACUACAGUAACUGUCAGAUUGAUCCUUCCCCUUUUCAGUUAGUCGAAAGAACGUCGCUGUUAAAGGUUCACAAGCUUUUUGCGCUGCUUAACUUGUCACAUGCUUAUGUGACCACUUUGGGACGAUUGGUGGGCGUGGUGGCUCUGAAGGAGGUUCGCCAGGCAAUCGAGGGUGAGCGCUUCUUGGAUGCUUCUCACGUAGACGCAGAAGGCGAAGGCCGCAGCGGCAGUUUUACGUCUCCACGUGCUCAGGAUACCAUGCUGAAAAGGUGCCCUGAACCCAGUGUCACUAGUGGAGAGUCAGAUCCCACGCUGUAAAUUGCCAACACCCCGGAUAAUUUUCACCGACAAUGGUGUCGGUGGUAGAGUAUUAACCAGUUGCGCAAUGAAAGUCAAACCGACGAAAUCGGAAGCAGGGUUGGGGUUCUUCUCGUUGCUCCGUCGCCUAUGAUUUGUAAAAGUUUAAUUGUUGGAGCAAAAGGUGCUCGAAGGGCCUGAAACUGGUGUUAUGAUGGGGUGGUUCAUCCGCUUCUACUUACGACUCCAACAAUAGAUUUCACCAGAUCUUAAGUGUCGGAGUCAUGAGCGGAAUCGAAAGAAAGUGGAAAUGUUUUCACUGAUAAUUCCGACUCAGAUUCCGUAAAGCUUACGAACCCCAUUCCUACUCCAUCGCUAAAUGAAUACAGCCUUCUAGAAAUAAGGUCGUGCUUUAGCCGAAUCUAGAUUUUGUGGUACGAAAAAGUACGACUCAUGGAAUGCCGAUAGAUUUUCAGUCCUGUAGAAACCUCGAGAAGCUUGUAUCUGAACGUUCGGUUUUUGCAGUACUCUUUAGAGAAAAAGUAUCGGGGAGUGCAGAAUUCAAUGAACUUCGUCGGGAGAUUUUGAUUCAAUUUUGGCGGCCAAAAAAAUUAGAGUUGAUUAACGGAAAUGAGAAUAGUUGGUUGGUGAUAUCGAAAAGAAGAUAAUUAAAAAUAAAAUUGAAAGGAACUAGGUUGUUUAGGCAUUUAAUUCGAUGACUUUUUGAGGUGAAUUAACCGUUCUGUUGGUCGUUGAAGCCCGCUAAGGUAAACAUGCAGAAUAGGUACCAUUUUCAGUGUAUCGCGUUUUUUAGACGAGUGCGAAGCGGAAGUCGUGCGCGAGGAAGGAGUUACUCCUCCUCUCCCGCGUUACUCGUUCUUUGUGUUCGACUCGACUGAGAAGGGACUAGGAAAAUUAAGUCUGUUCUGCAGGCUUGCCAAGGUAGUUAAUAGGUGGUUGUGAAAUACUUUUUAGACUUGUAUUUGACUGCCUUUCCUACAAAUGUCAUAUGUGAUAUCUCUGUUGAUCCCAUUAGAAUUAUUUGUCGAUUAUAUAUUGUUUUGUAUAUGUACCAAUCGGAGAAUAUUAUUUAGAUUAUUACAAAUUAUCAUAUUUCCUUAACAGUACAUAAGAAAUGAGUGAUCUCAUAUCGAACAUGCACGAGCAGAUUAUUUUUAUUUUUGUUAUUAUUAUUAAUAUAAUUAUUGUUAUUAUUAUUAUUAUAUGUAUUAUUAUUAUCCUUAUUAUUACUAUUAUCAAACUAAGUGCAAAGUAUUUAAUUUUAUUUUGUUAUAACUAGCCAUUUGGUGACGUACAUGCGACUUUAUGGUAUGAUUAUUUUGUAAGGUCGUAAGAGCUAAUUUUUUAGGCGCUCGUCGUGUUUCCUUUUUCAAGAAAUUAAUCUUUCCACUUUCGUAAACGUUUUUGAUAUUUUUAUAAUAAAUGAUUCCACAAACAAAAUGGCAUACCGUAAAAAAUGAACAAAGCAAACGUGUUCUGGAGCAGGGAUUAAAUUAGUUAAGAUUGCAGAGUAGUUCAGUUCAGCCCAGACGAUAUAAAACCCUUCUUUACUGCUCAAGCGUACAUUGUAUAUUGGAAAUUUGAUAUUAAAUGGUGUACAUUCAUGUAACUGG